AACCCUAGCAGUCCUCGCCAUUAAUUUGGGAUCAAACCAGGGUUUACGUUUCUCUCUCGAGUGCCGCAGGAAUCCGCACACCGUCACCAUGGGUCGUAUGCACAGCAGAGGAAAGGGUAUUUCGGCAUCUGCCUUGCCGUACAAGCGGACGCCGCCGAGUUGGCUCAAAACCUCUACCCAGGAUGUGGAUGAUGCCAUUUGCAAGUUUGCGAAGAAGGGCCUGACCCCAUCUCAAAUUGGUGUCAUUCUCCGUGACUCCCAUGGAAUCCCGCAGGUUAAGAGUGUUACGGGUAGCAAGAUUUUGAGGAUUCUUAAAGCCCAUGGUCUUGCCCCAGAGAUUCCUGAGGAUCUGUACCACCUGAUCAAGAAAGCAGUUGCUAUCAGGAAGCACCUUGAGAGGAACAGGAAAGACAAAGACUCCAAGUUCAGGUUGAUUCUGGUAGAGAGCAGGAUCCACCGGCUGGCUCGCUACUACAAGAAGACCAAGAAGCUUCCUCCUGUCUGGAAAUAUGAGUCUACUACAGCGAGCACCCUUGUGGCUUAGUGGGCAUGGCUUCAAGAAUCUGCAUUCUGUUAGCAGGACUCAGGCAAUGUGUAUCUCAGCUUUUGUUGGGUUACAAUGAGAUUUUGAACAUUUGGAGAAUUAAGUGGUUCUAUCUGUCAUCAAACUGGUUCAUGUUUCAUUUAUUGUUCAGAGUACUUAAGCUUUGGCCUCUUAUGGUCUGAAAAUGUUUCACUAGCAUUCACUA